AUAAAAAAUCGACGGAUCAAAGAUAUAUUGAAUCGGCCGCGUAAUAAUUGAUGCAGAAAUAUUUCCAACAUUCCACGCUUGUCUGUUAUAUCGGUUCAAUGCUCCGCCUCGGUCGAUCAUCAGGGGUGUAAUAUGAACGGCUUUCUGAACGGCGGCGACGUAUCCAUGAUCAUGACCGCCACUUUUAUGAAACUCGUCGGAUUAUGGACGGCGAACGGCAUACGGGAGCAGCGCGCAAGGAAGUUCGCCCUGAUUUACACUGUUGCCGCGAUGCUGUUCGCCCUGUGGAUAGAGUUUACGGAUUUUUAUUAUUCCUUCGGCGAUUUUAGCACGUGUCUUUUUAAUAUAUGUAACAUUAUAUAUAUAACGAUGCCAUUGUUGAAGAUAUUUGUGAUAGUUUUGAAUAAAAAAGAUUUUUUCUAUCUAAUCUUUUAUACGCAAAAAAAUUUCUACAAGGAUAAUUACAACAAGCACGAGCAGCAAAUCUUCACUAAUUGUCGACGUCAAUGUAUCAUUUUUGUUUGCUUCCUUACGUUCUCCACGAAAGGGACUCUCGUUUGUUACAUCGUCAGCCCGCUCGUCGAAAAUAUCGGAAAAAAUCAAUCGGAAAGAGUACUCCCAUUCAAUAUGUGGGUCAAUUUACCGCUAUCGACGUCGCCAUAUUAUGAAAUAAUGUUCACGAUACAGGUUUUAUCCUUGUAUCACAUUGGGGUUGGUUAUUUCUGUUUCGACAACUUGUUGUGCGUUUUGAAUUUACAAGUGGCUGGCCAAUUUCAAAUAUUGCAAUACAAAAUGACCAACAUAGCUGAUUUGUUGGAGGAGAAAAAUGAGAAAAAAAUUAUAAACUCGUCCUACUUUGCCAAGAAAUGUUACGUAGCUUUCAAAAAAUACAUCCGCGAGCAUCAGGCGCUCAUAGCUUACUGCGAGAAGCUCGAAAAAGUAUUCAGUUUGAUUAUUCUUUGGCAAGUGUUGACGUUCAGUUUGAUAAUAUGCCUCGAUGGCUACCAAAUACUUUUGCCAGAGUCGCCCGUUAGAAGGCGGUUGAUUUUCGGCUUCCAUUUGGCAGCGUGUAUAUGUCAAUUACUGAUGUUCACGUACAGCUGCGACUGCAUCAUACAAGAGAGCUCGAGCAUAGCUUCGGCGGUGUACGGCGGGCCUUGGCCAUUUCUGUCAGAGAGCGCAAGCGGUCGAACAAUGCGUAAAGACUUGACACUCGUCAUUCUGAGGUCUGGCGUGCCUUGCUGCUUAACAGCCCGGAGAUUCUUCAUCGUGUCUCUGGAAACGUACACUAGGGUUUUAAGUACUGCAGUAUCAUAUUUUACAUUAUUAAGACAAAGUACAUUAGAAAUUUUAGUCACCAUGCAAGCGGAAUACCAGAUGGAUAUAUCGAUUAAUUUGUCGACAUUUUUCUUGAAGAACGUUGGGGUAUGGAUAUCUCAUGAUCCCAGUGAACAACGUCGGAUGAGAAUGUUGCUCAUCUGCACGGUUUGGAUGUUGUUGCUUGGUAUAGUGAUCAAUACUAGAGAUUUGUACUUCACAAUGUUGUACAACGGCGAUAUUCUUUAUGUUGUGACUAAUAACAUAACUUUGAUAAUAAGUUUAGUCAAGAUAUGCAAUAUAAUAAUAUAUAAAGGAAAAUUUUUAAAUUUAAUCAUGAACAUGCAAGAAAAUUUUUGGAACGUUAACUACGAUUAUCACGAAAAAGAAAUUUUGGAUGAUUGCAAGAAAAUUUGCAUUUUUUUCAUCUUCUCUGUUACCACUAUUGCCAUAUGCGCCAUAAUAUCCUAUCUAAUGACACCGUUCAUUGCGCAAAGUGGAAGCAAUGAAUCGGAGAGAAUGUUUCCGUUCAAUAUAUGGAUAAAUUUGCCACUAACAAGGACACCUUAUUACGAAAUUAUAUUUUUAAUCCAAGCAAUAUGUUUGUAUUACAUUGGAAUCUCCAGUUUUUGUUUCGACAAUAUUUUCUGCAUCAUGGCCGUACACUUGGCAGGACAAUUUCGCAUACUUCAGUACAGGCUUACGAAAUUGUGUGACGCGAAGCACGAGAUACGCGAAAAGGAUUCGCAAUCGACAUUAACAAAACAGAUGCAUAAAUUUUACGAGCAAUUUAAGGAAUGCGUUCGACAUCAUCAGGCAUUGAUCAAUUACUAUCAAAAUCUUGAGAACGUGUACACCAUGAUUACGCUUGGACAAGUGUUGGUAUUCAGUGUAUUAAUUUGCCUAUUUGGAUAUCAAGUAUUAGUGGCUACUGCGUCUUUUGCCAGACGCUCGAUUUUUGUAUUUUUGUUAAGUGGCUCGAUGUUUUUAUUGUUUAUGGUCACCUAUAGUUGCAAUGGUGUGAUAGAGCAUAGUGAUAAAGUUGCUAUAGGAGCUUACUCAGCACUGUGGACGAUCAUGCCGAUGGACAAAUUUGGGAAAAUGUUUCGAAAAGAUUUGAUAAUGGUGAUCGAGCGAUCUAGACGUGUUUGUUAUCUGACUGCGAAUGGAUUUUUCCCCGUAUCAUUAGAAACAUAUACUAAAAUUUUGAGCACAGCUGUAUCGUAUUUCACAUUACUAAAUAAUCGCAUAGAAAAUGGAUUAUAA